AUGGGAGGCUCGCACAAUGACGGAGCACCAGUCAUGCGUCUCUGUCCCGUCGAUGCCAACGGCAUUGUCGAUCACGGAGAAGUGGCAGUCAUCAUCUGGAAUCGCGGGAGGCCCCUCGGUCCGCCGUUGGAAUGUGCAAUGCUGUGGGCAGAGCCUCCAAGUCGAAUCGACGGGUCGAGCCACGGAGGCGCGGCAUUUGCUCGGCAGCGAGAGAAGCAGUCUGCAUAUGCAGGCUGCGGCGUUAUCAAGGCGGGCAGCGCAGAAAGCACCAAUUGGGUAGCAUCAUCCGGCGCGAAAUCGAUUGCCGUCUGA